AUGGCCGAAGGUCAGACAUUCAUCAGUGGAGCAGAUGGCAAUGAAGUCUUUCAAGCGAAGUAUAUUCCAAAACAAAAAGGCCCUCCCACUUCAGACCAUCCGAGUUUGAAGGCGUACGUCUCAACUUAUCCUCCUCUGGGUCAACUGACGACUGUUCCCGAUCAUACCAAAGUCGUUACAGCUUUACUAGAGGUUGAUGAAAGUCGUGCCACAGAAUCAUGGGAAGUUUCACUCCUGUAUAGCAGCAAUGGAGACCAAUGGGAGGAAUCUCUUAUGGAGUCUUUAGAUAAGACAGAUUCUCAACCAAAGGUUUUGCAAACAGUGGCACCUUUGGGACUGCAUCAACUAUACUUCAAAGCCUCUUUACCCGCUCGUCUCCCAACGAAUUUCACGGUCAAAUUCCGAAGCAACUCGAGCCAAUCUUGGAAGCUCGUAAAAGACCACCAGGGAACGCCAGACGGGAGAAUUGUCUUGAAAACGAUCACUUCCCAGGAGAACAUUUCAAGUAAUUUAUCCAAUUAUGUUCAGGAUUUGAAUACGUCACUAGAGGUCAAGAACUAUCGAAGUCAAUCCCCAGGUACUACUCUAUGGUCAGUGCAGGUCCCAAUUGAAGGAGCUGUUGGAAAAGAGUCUACUGUAAAGGACAUUAAAUUUGGGCUCCCUUGGGGCCAAGAUAAAUUGGCGAGAUGGUUUGCUUUGAUUCGAAUUUGGACACCCUGGCUAGCCCCCCGACAGGGAAAAUCUCAUUUUGAGCUUGAUAAAGAGGCCGUAACUUGUUCUUUUUUGAGCUCGGAUGGCAAGCAUAUUGUUUUACUAGCUAUAAGCGGUAUAAAUAACGUCAUGACUUUAUUCAAAAGUAACAGUGAUGGCAAUGUUGUCUUGGAAGUUCGAAAUGAUAAUCCCAAGGAGUCUGUUGCUCAUGUCCUUGUUGGGCUCGGAGACGACUUUGAGUCGGCCAACGCGGCAGUCAUGUAUCAUGCUAGAGAUGUCGUUGCGGCUCUCGAGAGUGAGUCUGGACAAACUCAAAAGGAGAUCGAAGCGCUCGAAGAAGGGGACGAGAAAACAAAGGUUUGGGUUGAAAACUGGUGUGAUGGCUUGACUUAUUGCACAUGGAAUGCGCUUGGGCAACGACUAACCGAAGAAAAGAUACUCAAAGCAGUCGAUAUUCUAGCAGAGAAUAAAAUCAACGUCACAAACUUUAUCAUUGACGAUAAUUGGCAGGCCAUUGACUAUAAAGGACAUGGUCAAUUCCAACACGGUUGGAUUGAGUUUGAGGCAGAAAGAGAAGCAUUUCCAAAUGGCUUGAAACACACCAUAUCGCUCAUCCGACAGAAACAGCCUAGUAUUCAGCACGUUGCUGUAUGGCACGCAAUUCUGGGCUAUUGGGGUGGGCUUGCCGCGGAUGGCAAAAUCGCUGAGACUUACAAGACAGUCGAAGUCAUUCGCCAAGAUUCCGAGAGACGAAACUUACCUUUGGGUGGUAAAAUGACUGUGGUAGCCAAAGAAGAUGUCCGGCAGUUCUACGACGACUUUUAUUCGUUUCUUUCAUCUUGUGGAGUUGAUGCGGUCAAGACUGAUGCUCAAUUUAUGCUUGAUCUCUUCGAGUCUGCCGAAGAUCGUAGUGAUCUUAUAUCCGCAUAUCAAGAUGCGUGGACCCUUUCAACUCUUCGACACUUCAGUGUCAAAGCAAUCUCUUGCAUGUCACAAAUUCCGCAAAUUCUCUUUCAUUCUCAAUUACCCCAGAACAGACCUCCAAUUCUCGUACGGAACUCUGAUGACUUUUUCCCCGAAAUUCCAACAAGUCACCCAUGGCAUGUUUUCACCAAUGCCCACAAUGCUUUGUUCACCCAGCAUCUCAACCUAAUCCCAGAUUGGGACAUGUUUCAGACCGUUCACGACUAUUCUGGCUUCCAUGCAGCUGCUAGAUGUGUUAGCGGUGGUCCAAUAUACAUUACAGAUGUGCCAGGCAAAACUAUCAUUUUUAGACCUAGUGUCGUUGGUAAGAGUCUAGAUCAAUACAAUGGGUACGACGAUGAUCAAAUCCUCCCAAUCGGAACAUACCAUGGCGCUGCGUACACAGGGACUGGUAUAAUUGGCUUCUUCAAUGUAUCUCAGAGACCACUUAGUGAAUUGGUGCCAUUGUCGAAGUUUCCUGGUGUUGAAGAGGCACAGUUUUAUAUCAUCCGUGCCCAUUCCAGUGGAGCUAUCUCCCAGCCUAUACAAGUUGUGGACCCUCAGGCUUUGAUAUACGUUUCUCUCGAUGUUAGAGGAUACGAUAUCUUAUCAGCCUAUCCUUUGCGCGGAUUUGUUGAUCAAAAAAAUGAUAAUACUACAUGGAUAGCCAACUUAGGUCUCCUUGGUAAAAUGGCCGGAGCUGCAGCGAUUGUCGGCACCAAAAUGACGAAAUCAGAGAAUGGCAAAAUUUUGAUUGACACAAAUAUCAAGGCUCUGGGAACUCUUGGAAUCUAUAUCUCGACUCUUCCUGAUGUAUCAUACGAAGACACGCUAUUGGUCACCAUCCUUGGUAAGGUUGUACCACUUCACACAGUCAGUAUUAGCAAGACUGAUCCCCACGUUCUUGAAAUCGACACAUUGGCGGCGUGGAAGGAACUUGAGCUUUCAGGUGGAUGGAGUAAUGAAGUGGAGGUAAAGAUAUACGUCAACUCUUCAGCAUAG